AUGACCUCACAUCACUGCGUAGGACCCUGAAAUCGUAUCUCCUGGUCAGUUCACGAAAAAGAACAGAGGCUUGACUCUUGUCCAGAAGUUACUUCCCUCUUGACUAAAGGUUUCCCCAUAGGGUAGACAUUGCUAUUUAACUUUGCCUCCUACCCUUUUUUGUUACCUUCCAAAAUCAAAACACUUUUAAGAAACAAAGAUAAUUUUCUGAACAGUCUGUGUCCUGCCUGUCUCCUGUUGAUUCACAGAACAAAUAUCGAGUAUUCAUCAACUAGUCUCAAUUUCCUGAACACAUACACUGUAUCCCUCGUUGUCACCAUUAUCCCCCUGCUUCAAAAUGUGCCGGUUCCACUUGGUAAUAACCUUCGGAAAACUCAGGUUUAUGAAUGA